UCCGCCUGGGCUGCCUGUAGCGCCGCCUGCCGGCCGCCUCUCCUGCGCCUGGCUCCUCCCCUCCGGCUGCCCUCCGCCCUGCUCGGCUCGCUCACUCGCUCGCUCCCCGGGUCUCCUGGUGUAUUAUGUCAUCUGCAAGCGGAGCGCCCGGCCAGGCUCCCCGAGACGGCGCGCAGUGAGCGGCGGAGGAGCCGGGAGGCGCGUCUCUCGGGCGGCAGCGCUGUGCAGGGAUCCGGAGCUGCGCCGGCUGGGCGCUCCUGCCUAGGACGGCUCCCCUGGGCCGGCCGCGCCGCCGCGCCUGGCUUGCUUCCCCUCGUCCCCCGGUGGCUCCGCUGUCCUCGGAGGGGGUCUCCCGCCCGGGAGCCAGGCGGAUGCCGCCGCAGCAAGAGGGCGAGACGGGCUACAUCAGCAAGCCGCUGCCGGGCGGCUGCGAAGUGCCCCCGGUGCCUCCGCGGAGGGUCCGCAGCAGCCGGGCAGCGGCGCUGGGGGCCGCGCUGGGGAGCCGCUGCCGGGCCGGGGCGGGCGGCGGCGGCGGCGGGACUGGCGGCGGCGGCGGAGCCGAGCCUCGCCGCAGCAUCAAGUGCGUGCUGGUGGGAGACGGCGCGGUGGGCAAGACCAGCCUGGUGGUGAGCUACACCACCAACGGCUACCCCACGGAGUACAUCCCCACCGCCUUCGACAAUUUCUCAGCUGUUGUAUCCGUUGAUGGCCGGCCAGUGAGGCUCCAGCUCUGUGACACAGCUGGCCAGGAUGAAUUUGACAAGCUCCGGCCCCUGUGCUACACCAACACAGACAUCUUCCUGCUGUGCUUCAGCGUGGUGAGCCCUUCCUCUUUCCAGAACGUGAACGAGAAGUGGGUUCCUGAAAUCCGAUGCCACUGCCCCAAAGCACCCAUUAUCCUCGUUGGGACACAAUCGGACCUCCGGGAGGACGUCAAGGUCCUCAUUGAGCUGGACAAAUGCAAAGAAAAGCCCGUGGCGGAGGAGGCCGCGAGGCUCUGUGCCGAGGAAAUAAAAGCCGCCUCUUACAUCGAGUGCUCCGCUUUGACUCAGAAAAACCUCAAAGAAGUCUUUGAUGCAGCCAUUGUUGCUGGCAUUCAGUACUCGGAUACUCAGCAGCAGCCAAAGAAAUCGAAAAGCCGGACUCCAGACAAAAUGAAAAACCUCUCCAAAUCCUGGUGGAAAAAGUAUUGCUGUUUUGUAUAGUAUAUUUUGCAAAGGCUUUGAAAACAGCAGUUGGAUACUGGGAGCGGGUCAAAGCUAUAUUAGCUCAAAAUCUCUCUAUUCCAGAGCACACAGACUGAAUUCCACAGCUCUACAUGCUGCUAAAAGUCAUCCGUUGUCAUUGGAGGAGGAGGAGGUGGUGGUGGGAGGAGGACCUGAGGGAGCUGGUUGAUGUGCAUUAGGUGGAAGGUUCCCACCCGGAGUAAGUAGAGUUUCCUGUUGCCAAGGGACAACUACCCCACACUUCUGUGAAACCAGAAGCUGGGCCGAGGAAUUGACUCCAUGCAGAAGUGGGAGGAGCUGCAACAGAGGCCUCUGGUGCCAAGGCGACACAGAAACCAGGAAAAGACUAUAGGAGGACAGAGUUUGACAGGUGGAUGUUAGAAAAUGUGUGCUACUUAAUGACAUUUGGCUUCCCACGCACCCGUUUUCAGUCUUGCCAUCUUCAGAAACUAUAUCAUGCAUUCCAGAAACAUCCAUAGUUUCAUAAAUUUAGCAGAAUCUGCACGUAAAUCCUAUAUAUUUUUCUUAAGACGAUAUGCCUACUUCAUGCACAGUGUAGGGAUGUCUUAACACAAUGAGCUGCUUACAUAACUGCAUCUUAUUUGUAGAUCCCUGACUUACAGAUCUUUUACAUGGUGUAAAUGUGCAUGCUUGCCAAAUUAUAAAAAAUAAUGAUGAUGAUGAUAUUUUGAAUAGCCUUGGGUUGCUUUUCUAUUUCUAGAGACCCCAUGACAGGUUUUUUAUCAAUUUAUAAAGGAUGUAAUCCUCCCCUUAAACGAUGCACCAAAUACCUGUGAAAUGUAUGUAUCUGAUGGUCUAAGUCAAUGUGAUGAUGUUUUCUACAAGAUAAUCUCAACUAAUUACAUUAUAGUCUUUUUCACAUAGUCAGGUACCACACAUUUAUGUACCUUAGAUAGGGCCAUCUUUCUGCAUGAUGGAAUUCAGUGCCUAUCAAUAUAAGGUGAGGUGGGAUUAGAACAAGCUAUCAGUCAUAAGCAGUAGGAAAUCCAUCCAUUGAUGCCAAUGGAAAAGUCUUCCAGGUAAAUGCAUGGCCAUAGGAAUUGGUCCUGAUUCAAAAUAUACCAAAUCUGUCCCUGUCAAUUUUCAUGUAGUGAUUUAAAUAUUUUUUUUAAAAUGAUCACAAAUGCAGGCUAGCAGUGGUAGUAACUACCUGGGCUGCAUGCUUGGUCAUGAUUUCUUAUGGUCUUCCAUAUUGCUUUGAACAAAAUGAACAUUAGCCGACAUGCAACACAUUUUGGUGGUGACCCAAAUCCCUUUCAAGACAAUUCAAAGGUAUAUUUUAAAUUUUAACAAAAUGGCCUGCCCUUGCAAUAGAUUACAAUGUGAUGGAUCUAAAAUGUGGAUUAUUAUUUGCUCCAAUAUCUACCUAUAGAAAUUCCUCUUCUAAUUAAGUAAUGCAAUGUUCUGAAUUCUGGAGAUUGGGCUGUUUAGGAACCUGUUAUUUGCAAAAUGAGCGUAAAAGCCUUAAGUUAUUGUCUCCUUUUCUGUAUUGUCAAGAUUCCUCCUCCCACCAGCCACCGCCUUUAAAGUAGGCUUCUUAUUCAUUCCAUUAUCAUCUUAGAUGCAGUCUACACAUGCAAGCCCUGCAAACAGAAUCCACAUCAGAUCUCACAGGGCUCCUGCAGAACCUCUAUAUUCACUGCAUCUUGUACAUGAGAAAUACCAGUGUGGUAAUCCCAGCACCUACUUGCCCAAUUGUUUAGCACACAGGGCACUAAAGUAUUUUUCUUCCAGCCUUA